AACCGUUGGUGAAUAACAAGCUAGUUUAGAAAAGAAAAAUCGAUAAACUAUUUUUUAUAUUAUUUAUAUUAUUACUUUCAUUGAUAUUUAAUCUUUGAGAACUUGUUAUGGAUGCUGUGUUUGACAUUAUUGUUGAAUCUUUUACUGUUGAAAUGAAGACAUCUAAGAAUAAUGAUUACUUAAAAUUCAACCAAAAUGACUCUAAUCAAUAUACCUUCCAGAGUUUGUGUCGUACUUUCAGCGGCAGUCGUUUGAAUAAUACGUGUAGUACUACUGCUGGUGGUAGUAGUAGUGCUACUUGAUGUACUACUGCUACUUGUUAUAGUACUUGUGGUAGUAGUAGUAGUAUUAGUGGUACUUGUAGUACUGCUACUACUUGUAGUUGUACUGCUGCUGGUGGUGGUAGUGGUAGUUAUACUACUGCUACUUGUGGUACUGCUAGUCGUAGUGCUACUCGUGGUACUGGUUGUAGUAGUGGUAGUGCUACUAGUGGUGGUGGUAGUACUACUUGUUGUACUGCUACUGCUUGUAGUCUUACUCGUGGUAGUAGUUGUAGUGCUAGUUGUGGUACUGCUGCUGCUCGUAGUAGUAGUGGUGGUGGUGGUGGUCGGUAUUGCUGA